AUGGUCAUGAUUAGAUCUCAACAUCUCAAGACUGCCAAGUUCCAUCCCGGCUGUUCUCCUUCCACCGCUUGCAGUCGUCCUGCCAUAAUGAAUCCGAUUAUAGCGGUGGCCUGCCUCGUCGACACGAGUCUUGUUCUUGCAUCUGAAUGGGAGAGAGCUUUGGGAGAAUACUUGACACCUUUUCUACGCAGACUGGCCGAGCUUCAUCAGGGCCACUCUGUUCGCAUGGCUUUGGUAACAUGUGGUCCCGCAGAUAGUCAUUUGAACCCUGUGUGUGCCAAACGGUUCUUUGGGACACCACAACAAGCCAUCAUGGAGCUACAGGAACCCAAGGGACUUUGUCUUGGUACAACAGCUGCAGGCGGCUCGUCAGGCAUAGCUAUCCUCGAUGGAUAUGCAGCUGUGAUUGAAAUGUUCGAUCUUCUGCGAAAUAGGGACGAAUACAAACCUCUGCGUCCACACUCUCCCAACUCCUCACCACAAAAUGAUUCGCAAACCAUUUCAUCAUACAUCAUACAUAUGGCUGCGGUACCCCCAGACGUUUCUCGACAACCUCUGUGGAAUAAUAACCCCGACCUGGAUUCCCUUACGUGGGAGACCCUUCCAACAGAGUUACGAAACCGAAGUAUUCAUGUCAACAUGUUCCUGUUACGUCCCAUACCUCAACUCGUCGAGUUGUUCUCCAAAGUACAUACUGGUCCUCGUAUUCCCCCAAUCUUCAGUACACGGCCUCAACACUCAUGCUUGUUAUCUGGUUUCCCGACGGGUAAAGGCAAGCGCUACAGCGAUAAUAAUCCGGACCGUUCACCGGUGGCCAAGCGGUCCCGAGUAACGACCUCGAAUGUCGCUCAGUCCACUCAAAGCCCCUCGAAUAACCCUCCUCAUGCAAGCCCUCGCAAUGCUCCUGCUCCUGCUCCUGCUCCUGCUCCUGCUCCUGCUCCUGCAUCCACCACUCCAGCCGCUUCAGUACCAGUACCAGUACCAGUACUAGCACCAGCACCAGCACCAGCACCAGCACCAGCACCCGUUCCAGCGUCUUCCUCCGCCAUGACUGUACCUCCCGCACCCGCGCCAGUAAUGACAGGGCCUGUACCCAAUCUUAUGACCGCCUCUACAUCUGCUACAUCUAUACAUUCACAGCCCCAAUCUAAUUCCGAGCAUCCACCAGAAUCUCAACCACAAGCAUCCUCUUCUGAAGCUCAAGGUUCCAACGGCCACGCAGUUCGACCACCCGCCCUCACUCCCGAGAAGCUACAACAAAUCUUUGAUCACUUCCGUUCUCUGGAUGUGCAGAUACAGCAGCUUAGAGCCGCAGCAAAUGAGGCUUUCCAGGCGGGCCGUACCGAGGACGCCAACAGGCUGAGAGAAGAGGCGCAGCAGAAGGCCGUGAUGUUAGCGAAGUCAAAGAAUACGGUACAGAAGAUGAUAGUAGCGCAAAACGCACCAGGGGUAAACGCUGCGCACUCUCAGGGUUCUGGUCAGAACCAGAAUCAGAACCAGGGCCAGGGCCAGAACCAGAACCAGAACCAGAAUCAAAUACAGAGUCAAAAUCACAAGAUCGCUGUCACGAAUGCUCCUGCAGCAGCAAAUGGACUGGUACCGCAUAACGCUUCCUCCAAUCCCCAGCAGGCCACACCAUCAAAUAACCUCCCAGUAAUGUCAGCCCCAAUGCAGCAUGCGAUAGCUGACGCCCAAGCUUUCGCUCGGAUCAUGCAAAGUCGGGGUCUCCAGCCGCAAAAUCUGCUCAGCGUUGGUGCUUCUCAACCGGGGCAUCAGAUGCCACCGCAAAUCUCGCCUGAGAUCACGGCACAGAUGCAGAAACUCAUGGAGCAGCAGCGCGCACAGCAGCCACAGCAGAAUACCCCUCAAAGGACGGGCUCGCAGCCCAUAGCUCCGACAGGCGCUUUACAGAACAUGGCGGCAAAUAUUGCUGGGUCAGGUCGGAUGGUAAAUAUGCCCAAUAAGUGGCACGGAAUGCUCAGCUGGGCAGGCAAAGACACAAUAACACAGGGGAGGAAGGAAGUCAAAACAGCAGUGGUGGCAAAUGCAACAGCCGGAGAGAUACAAGCAGAUACUUGGCCUUCGACAUUGACUCUUAUCCCUACUCAGAGCAUAGCGAGUUCCAUCCAAGAGCUAAAUGAAUGGGUACAGCGAAACAAACUGCCCACGGCCUCAUUUGAGCCUAUUCCAGGCAGUAAUUCUAACCAAGCAAGUACUAAUAUGGGUUACUAUCGAUCCUUAGUAACGCUUUUGCAUGAGAGAAACCUUUAUGCUAUAGCUACUUGGGCGCUCCCUGGACAGCAGCCCACAAACAGACUCAUCAUUGCGCCUGUUGAGAAUCGCCUAAUUGCGAUCGUCCUUCCUACGGGCCCAAUACCAGAACUGCCUCAAUCGAAGACGGCGCCAACGCUGACGCCGCAACAGCAAAUGCAGCGCAUUCAGAUGAUGCAGCUGGCAAAUUAUUUGCCAGAACAUGUUCGUGCCAUGCCCGAAUCAGAGCGUCGUGUUAUCCUUUCACAGAUGUUCCAUCGCCGCAUGCAAGCGCUACAGCAGCCCCCGCCACAGCCAAUUCCUUCUCAGCAACCUCAUUCGCAAGCCUUCAACAACCGGCAGCAGCAGCAGCAGCAGGCUAGUAUGAUGAUGAACGCCGAGCAAACGGGGGUGAACCAAUUCAUACCCGGCGCGCAGGCAAAUAAUGCUAUCAACGGGUUCCUCAAUGCAGGCCAGAUGUCAGGAAUAGGAAAUAACAUCCUGAUGCAGCAGGCGAUGCAACAACAGCAACAGCAGAGUAUGAUGGGUAUGAAUGCUGGUGGGCCUGGAGGAAUGAAUAUUGGUGCGGCAGGCGGUGGGAAUGGAGUAUCUCAAGAGAUGCUACAGUCCUGGAUGCAACGUAAUGAGGGCGGAGCGGCACCAUAA